AAGGGGAAGAGCAGGAAUCUUUGCUUCAAUCUGAUCGGGCUGAACCUGAGUUCCCAUUUCAGUAUGAUCCCUCCUACCGGUCUGUGCGGGAAAUUCGAGAGCAUCUUAGGGCCAGGGAGAGUGCAGAGCCUGAGAAUUGGUCCUGUAGCUGUAUACAGUGUGAGCUUAGAAUUGAUUCUGAAGAGUUUGAAGAACUUCUUUUAUUAAUGGACAAAAUUCGAGAUCCUUUUAUUCAUGAAAUAUCUAAAAUUGCAAUGGGUAUGAGAAGUGCUUCUCAAUUUACCCGUGAUUUCAUUCGGGAUUCAGGUGUUGUCUCACUUAUUGAAACCUUGCUGAAUUAUCCCUCCUCUCGAGUUAGGACAAGUUUCCUAGAAAACAUGAUUCACAUGGCUCCACCUUAUCCGAAUCUAAACAUGAUUGAGACAUUCAUAUGUCAGGUGUGUGAAGAAACGCUUGCUCAUGGUGUGGAUUCCCUUGAACAGAUGACUGGGAUAAGGAUGCUUAGACAUCUCACUAUGACUACUGACUAUCACACACUGAUUGCCAAUUAUAUGUCCGGGUUUCUCUCCUUGUUAACCACGGGCAAUGCAAGAACAAAGUUUCAUGUUCUGAAAAUGCUACUGAAUUUGUCUGAAAAUCCUAUGGUGGCAAAAAAGCUAUUCAGUGCCAAAGCUCUGUCAAUAUUUGUGGGUCUCUUUAAUAUAGAAGAGACAAAUGAUAACAUUCAGAUUGUUAUUAAAAUGUUUCAAAACAUCAGUAAUAUUAUAAAAAGUGGAGCAUUGUCCUUGAUUGAUGAUGAUUUCAGUCUUGAUCCGCUUAUGUCUGCAUUCCAUGAAUUUGAGGAGUUAGCUAAGGAUCUACAAGUCCAAAUAGACAAUCAAAAUGAUCCUGAGGUGGGACAACACAGUUAGUAUGGUUAACCACCUGCCGCUGAUCAGCCUUAUGUUCCCAAAGAACCCUGAAUAGUGCUUUGGUGUUCACAGUCUGGCUUUAUGUUGUAACAAUUUUAAUGCCUAUGUUAACUUGUCAAACUCUUGUUUUGAGCUAGAUUAAUUUUUGGAUGCCAAAAUGAAUAUUAGAACUGAAAACACAUUUGUUGAUAUUUGUCUUGCUGUCCAGAUUGUGAUAUUUUUUCGUGUUGAGCUUCUGAUGAGCUAAUUCAUCCGAGUAUAAGCUACCCUGCUAUUCGUUGUUUAAACAUGUGGUUCUCUACUUGAGUCUGUGUUUUCAAUAAAGUUCUAUGUUAAAAUUG